AUGGCACAAAAUCUACUGCAUGAAAACGUAUUUUCCUUCUACAUAAAUCGUGACAAGGAUGAUACGAACGGCGGAGAAUUGGUUCUCGGAGGCUGGAACGAUGAGAUGUUCGAUCCUGUUGAUAUCGAAUACAUACCUGUAAACGAUAAACACUUUUGGCAAUUUUCGGUUGACAAAAUAACUGUUGACAUGGGUAAUGUAAAACACAGACAGGCCGACGUUGGGCUAAGGAAGUUUAAUGCUAUAGCCGAUACGGGCACCUCCUUGAUUGUUGGGCCGGAGAGUUACAUUAAAAAGCUCCUUAAUUUAUUAGGAAUAAACGACGACCUUGGAUCGGUGGACUGCGAGAAAAUUGAUGGCUAUCCAAAAGUAACAUUCCAUAUCAUGAACAAACCGUACACUCUCAAUCCCAGGGAUUACAUUUCACAUUAUACAAUCAAGAAUUCUACUGUGUGCCUGGCAGGCUUCUCAGGACAAAAUACCGAUGAAUCUAGCCCUUGGAUUUUCGGUGAUACCUUCUUCGGAAAAUUCUACUCCAUCUUCAAUGUCGACAAGGCCGCCGUAGCUUUCGCCCCACUUAAGAAAAACCGGGAUCAGUGA